AAUGUCUGAGGAGUAAAAGCGAACCGGCCCAGCUAGAAACCACACCCUCCUCUUUACCAUCAUAUUAUUUUGGCCAAAUUUGAAAAUUAGAGCCACCAAUUAAGGGUGAGUACAAGUAAUAUAAGUUGGGACCCACUUUUUUGGACCGCAAAAACUUUCCAGCCUCUUAAAAUCCCUGGCCAUAGAUUGGGCUGUCACCUGUAGGUGGGUCACAGCUGAAACAGUGUAAUUAUUUUAAUUUUAAUUAUUUGUUUCAGGAGUAGAGGCCCUCAAAAACAAAAAAUAAAAAAAUAAAAAAGAAAAGAAAGAAGGGCAAAGAUAAGAUCACACACAGUGCUCAAUGAUUCUACCAACUUCACGUCAUAUGAGACUAAAAAGCGAGUCAGCCCCCACCACAUGCCGUUUUGAAAAGUGUUUAUUCAAAGCGCUUUGGGGGCAGAGCGAAACCACACUUCCAAAUUAUGUGACCUAAGCUUCUCUCCCUCCCUCCCACUGUCUCUGCUCAAACCACGCACAGUGGCGCAACUUAUGGCUGACCCUCCUCUCAUUCUCUUUUCCUCUGCCAACCGCACUCUCUGCUGCUCUUUGCUAACAUACGCUCCCUCUGUGUACUCCCUUUUCCUCAACUCUCUAUCCCAUUGAGCCCUUUGUUUGUUAUUCUAAAUUCCUUUUUUUUUUUUUUUUUUUCAUAUUCUUUUGACAACCACCAUCUAUGGCCAUGUCUGUGUUUCUCUUUCUCUUGUUGCUUUUUUCACCUUUCUUAUCCUGCGCCCAGCGAAGCUCUGAAACCCUAGCAGAGAUCGAGGCAUUGACAUCCUUCAGGCUCAACCUCCAUGAUCCACAGGGAGCUUUAAGCGGCUGGGACGGCUCCACCCCGUCGGCUCCUUGCGACUGGCGUGGCGUCGCUUGCGGUAGCGAUAACCGAGUCACCGAGCUCCGUUUGCCUCGCUUGCAACUCGGUGGACGACUCAGUGACCGGCUUGGUAACCUGCGUAUGUUGCGGAAGCUCAGUCUUCGUUCCAACACGUUCAAUGGUUCUAUACCUCCUUCGCUUUCCAAAUGCACGCUCCUACGCGCUGUUUUCUUGCAGUACAACUCUCUCUCCGGGGAUCUUCCGCGGGACAUCGGAAACCUAACGCACCUGCAAAUCCUGAACGUGGCGCAGAACCACCUCUCCGGCGAAAUCUCCGGGGAUCUUCCUCUGAGUCUCAAGUAUCUUGAUCUUUCCUCGAACUCAUUCUCCGGUGAGAUUCCUCGGACCGUCGCCAACUUGACUCAGCUUCAGCUCAUUAACCUCUCGUACAAUCAGUUCACCGGAGAGAUUCCGGCGAGCUUCGGCGAACUCCAAGAGCUGCAGUAUCUGUGGCUGGAUCACAAUCUCUUAGAAGGAACUCUUCCAUCCGCAAUAGCCAACUGUUCGUCGCUUGUGCAUUUGAGCGUGGAAGACAAUGCUCUGAGAGGUGUGAUUCCGGCUGCAAUUGGAGCUCUACCAAACCUUCAGGUGGUUUCGCUGUCGCAGAACAACCUCUCAGGUUCGGUCCCUUCCUCGAUGUUCUGCAACGUUUCGGUCUAUAUGCCAUCGCUUCGAAUCGUUCAACUAGGGUUUAAUGCGUUCACGGACAUUGUCGGGCCCGAGAAAUCCACAUGUUUUAGUACUCUGCAAGUUAUGGAUCUUCAGCACAAUAAGAUUCGCGGCGCGCUUCCUUCUUGGUUAACGCAAAUAACAUCGUUGACAAUGUUGGAUGUUUCAGCUAACUCCUUCUCUGGUGCGAUUCCUCUAGGGAUUGGAAAUCUCUCGAGGUUGGAGGAGCUGAAGUUGGCGUAUAAUUCUUUUAGCGGUGGUGUUCCAGUGGAGAUCGAGAAAUGCAGCUUGUUAAGGGUUCUUGAUCUUGAAGGCAAUCGAUUUGGGGGUAAUAUUCCUGCAUUUUUGGGUGGCUUGAGAGGUUUGAAUGUGUUGUCAAUGGGGGAAAAUCAGUUUUCGGGUUCAAUUCCUUUGAGUUUUCGCAAUCUUUCAGUGCUUGAAACGUUGAGUUUGAGAGGCAACAAUUUGACUGGAACCUUGCCGGAGGAGCUGCUAAUGGGAUUUAGCAAUUUGACUACGUUGGACCUCAGUAGAAACAGGUUUUCUGGUGAAGUUAUUACGAAUAUGGGGAGCCUGAACCGGUUAAUGGUUCUGAAUCUGAGUGGCAAUGGCUUUUCUGGGAGAGUUCCACCUAGCUUGGGUAACCUUUUCAGGUUGACCAGUCUAGACUUGAGCAAACAGAAUCUCUCUGGUGAGUUGCCAUUUGAGCUUUCUGGGUUUCCAAAUCUGCAAGUCAUCGCGUUGCAGGAGAACAAAUUGUCUGGGGAUGUUCCUGAAGGGUUUAGUAGCUUGAUGAGUUUGCGCUAUUUGAACCUCAGUUUUAAUGCCUUUUCUGGUGACAUUCCAGCAAAUUAUGGGUUCCUUCAUUCAUUGGCUGUUCUCUCAUUGUCUGGCAAUCACAUUUCCGGAUUGAUUUCGCCAGAGCUUGGAAACUGCUCAGCUCUUGAAGUUUUAGAGCUCAAAGCGAAUUCUUUGACCGGCCAUAUUCCUGCUGAUCUCUCACGGCUUUCACGUUUGGAAGUGCUUGAUUUGGGCAGCAACAAUUUAACGGGUGAAAUCCCUGAGGAAAUUUCUAAAUGCUCAUCAUUAACUGCUCUGUCAUUGGAAUCGAAUCAUCUUUCAGGUAGCAUACCAGCUUCAUUGUCCGAAUUAUCAAACUUAUCAACCCUGGAUUUGUCUACCAACAACUUGAGUGGUGAAAUUCCGGCCAAUCUUACAUCGAUUUCUAGCCUGGUGAAUUUCAAUGUUUCAAGGAAUAAUCUGGAAGGUGAGAUUCCAACAAUGCUUGGUUCUCGGUUCAACAAUCCAUCAGCAUUUGCAGACAAUCAGAACUUAUGCGGGGAGCCAUUGGAUCAGGCAUGUGAGGAUGUAGAAGAGAAAGAUAGAAGGAAGAGAUUGGUUCUCUUAAUCGUUGUGGCUGCAUGUGGGACUUGCCUUCUAGCACUGUGUUGCUGCUUCUACAUCUUCAGCCUCUUAAGGUGGCGCAAAAGGCUAAAAGAAAGGGCAUCUGGGGAGAAGAAAAGGAGUCCUGCAAGGGCUAGUUCAGGAGCAAGUGGGGGACGUGGAAGCACCGACAGUCUAGGACCGAAGCUUGUUAUGUUCAAUAACAAAAUAACACUUGCAGAGACAGUUGAAGCAACUAGGCAAUUCGAUGAAGAAAAUGUGCUAAGCAGAACACGAUAUGGGUUGGCUUUCAAGGCUACCUACAACGACGGAAUGGUACUCACAAUACGCCGUCUUCCAGAUGGAAUUCUGGAUGAAAACAUGUUCAGGAAAGAAGCUGAAUCACUUGGCAAAGUGAAGCACCGAAACUUGACUGUUCUUCGAGGCUACUAUGCUGGGGCACCUGACUUGAGACUCCUUGUCUACGAUUACAUGCCCAAUGGUAAUCUAGCAACUCUCCUUCAAGAAGCAUCCCACCAAGAUGGUCAUGUCCUUAAUUGGCCAAUGCGCCACCUCAUUGCACUUGGAAUCGCUCGUGGCUUGGCCUUUCUACAUGCAUCGUCAAUGGUCCACGGCGAUCUGAAGCCCCAAAAUGUUCUAUUCGAUGCUGAUUUUGAAGCCCAUUUGUCUGAUUUUGGCCUGGACCGUCUUACAGUGGCAACCCCAGCUGAAGCCUCUACUUCAACAACAGUUGGAACUUUGGGCUAUGUCUCUCCGGAAGCAGUAUUAACAGGUGAAGUCACAAAGGAAUCAGACGUGUACAGUUUCGGCAUUGUUUUGCUUGAGCUGCUAACCGGAAAGAGACCGGUGAUGUUUACCCAAGACGAAGACAUUGUAAAAUGGGUGAAGAGGCAACUGCAAAGGGGACAAAUUACAGAAUUAUUGGAGCCAGGUUUGCUUGAGCUUGACCCGGAAUCAUCAGAGUGGGAAGAGUUCUUGCUUGGAGUAAAGGUGGGGUUGCUUUGCACAGCACCCGACCCUCUUGACCGACCCACCAUGUCCGAUAUUGUCUUCAUGCUUGAAGGUUGCCGGGUCGGCCCCGAUAUUCCUUCGUCAGCCGACCCCACCUCUCAACCUUCACCGGCAUAACCAGAAAAACCCCAAUACCUGUUUCCAAAAUUUUUAACAAAACUUUAUUUUGUUUUUGUUUUGUUUUUUUUCUUUUUUUAAGUUAUUCAGGCUGUUAACUGUAGCAUUUUUUUUUUCUUUCUUUUUUUAAUAUCUCUGGGGGGAUUUUUUUUUUUUUUUUCUUUUUCCAUUUUAUGUCCUUAUUUUUGCUCAUAUUCGUUCAUGCCGGCCUGGGAGAGGCGGGGUCCACAGGGAUUGAGCAAAAGUCCAACUAUUUCAGUCAACGACGUAGACAGGCGCAGUUUAUAGACCAUAUUAAAGUGCGAAAGUGGACAAAGGGAGGGCCCACAUUCUCGUUUCCCGCCAAACGCGAAGGUUUGGCGAAGGAUAAGACUAGUCUGUUUACUACGUCACGUGGCUUAUAAAUCUGCUAGUUUGUUUCAAGCCCCUUCAGGCUCGAUGAAAAAAUGUAGCCGUUGAUAUUUGUGGGGUCCGACCGAGGCUACACACACCCUGGCGAAACCAGAAAGAAACAAAGUAUUUUUAAUUUUUAAUUUCCAUCCUCUUCGACGACGAGGACAAGGAGGAGGAUAUUGGGCCCCGUAACCGUGUUGGGUACAAGCUUCAACAAAAUUUCGAUCUCUUGGGCCGCCACGUGGGUGCUUCUGCUGCCUAGGUUUUUUCAAGGUCAGCAGAUGAAAAAACAGAGGUUGAAGAAGAAGAAGAAGAAGAAGCCAAGGGACUCAAAAUUUGCUGGUCCCACCGGUUCAUUAGGAAUGGCAAACAAGCUCACAGUGACCAUCAUAGAGAGUGAAAAUAGAGUGGAAGUAGAGAGAUGGUGACCCCACCAUUUCCCAACUUUUAGAACUUUUUGUGGAUUCAUUGACCCUAUCGAAAAUUGAAAUUUUAUCUGAUUUCUCUUUUGCAUCUUUUGCAAUACAUUUCAGUACAGUCGAAGUACCAAUUUGGCAA